GUGCCACUUUUCGGUCGCCUGUGUCUCUAAUUAAACUACGUGGCAGCCGAUUUCCAUGUGAUUUGCCUUCGAUUUCAUUAAAACAGAGUGUAUUCCUUUUUAAUACAGCCACUGCUAAAGGUGACUAAGAGACGAAAAGAAGAAUAUGAGCGUGAAAGCAGCGGUGCGCCCCAAAUAUAUCCCUCCGCUGUUUUUUUGUCUCCUUUCAGAGUGUUUUGGUCUUUUCGCUGAUAGCAACGAAGAACGAAACCGAGAUAUCAGAGAAUCCUCUUUAUAAUAAAUUCGUUUUAAGAAAACAAAUCAGUUAGACAGAACGUGACAUAUUAGCUUCUGUCGCUGGCUUGACUGACGUAUUGUCUUUUUAAAGAACCGCUUUACUUUUUAAAAUCAUAAUCGUAAUAAAUGCUUCAGUUGAAAUAGGUAAUUUAGCUAGCUAACAGGAGGCAACAGCGUUAGCUGGUGUUUUAUUUGUAUUUCGUUUCCGAGCGUCAUCUUUUGGGAAUAGUUAAUAAAGGACAUAAGCGGUCGUUUAUGGGAUCAUCAUGUCAAUGAAGCAGGCCGGCGGUAACCGUAAACCCGGCGGCGGCGGCAGCGGACCUGCUGCGGCCUCCGGAGCCGGAGGAGGUGGAGGAGCCGGCGGCCGACAAAACUUGGGCAGAGGGAGAAAUAGUGUCAAAGGUCCUUCUUCGAUUGCCUUCAAUGGUGUUUAUGCAAACAUGAGGAUGGUUCAUGUUCUGACCUCAGUUGUCGGAACCAAAUGUGAACUGAAGGUCAAAAAUGGAGUGGUGUAUGAAGGAGUUUUUAAAACGUAUGGCCCAGAGUGUGACUUGGUGCUGGAUGCAGCUCACCGGAGAUGUCUGGAGCAGGGCAUGGGCCCACGGCGUGAGGACAUUGUGGAGAGCAUCAUCUUCAAGGCCUCAGAUGUGGUGGUGGUGCAGUUUCGAGACGUGGACCUCAAUUACGCCCGGAAAGUUUCUUCAGAUGCAGAUAACUUCACGGACGCGGCCGUCAGCGCCCGCUUAAACGGAGAGCACAAGGAAAAGGACCUGGAGCCGUGGGAUGGUGGUGAUCAGCAUGGCUCCGACAGCUUGGAGUCUCUUGACACUGAUGUGUCUAAUGGCUGGGACCCCAAUGAGAUGUUCAAGUUCAAUGAAGAGACCUACGGUGUCAAGUCUACCUAUGACAGCAGCAUGUCGUCUUACACUGUUCCCCUUGAGCGGGACAACUCUGAGGAGUUCCUGAAGAGGGAGGCACGUGCCACUCAGCUGGCCGAGGAGAUAGAGUCCAGCGCCUCCUACCGGGCACGCGUGGCACUGGAAAAUGAUGCUCGCACUGAGGAGGAGAAGUACACAGCAGUGGUGCGCAAUGAACGUGGUGAACGUGACACUCACAGCCUGGGUAGCAGAGAGAACAAGUACAUUCCCCCAGGGCAGAGGAACAAAGAGGGAAUGUCAUGGGGCACCGGGCGCCAGAACUCCCCCCGGCUGGUGCAGAGUAGCCCCAGUGCGCCCUCCUCGCGUCCCGGCCCACAUGACUACAGUCCCAGCUCUGGAACAGACCAGCGUGUCGUCAACGGAGGUGCCCCCUGGCCAUCGCCCUGUCCAUCUCCUUCCUUCCGCCCACCUUCCCGUUACCCAUCAGGCCCUACCUCUCUCCCGCCCCGGGCCGCCACACCCACCCGGCCGCCCUCCAGGGCCCCCUCCAGGCCCUCGCGGCCCCCGUCUCACCCCUCUGCUCAUGGCUCUCCGGCUCCCGUCUCUACUGCGCCUAAACGCAUGUCUACGGAAGGACCCCCCCGGAUGUCCCCGAAGACUCAGCGCACGCCACGGACUCACAGGGUGCCCAGUGCCCGUGGUGGCAUGCCACCUGGGCCAGAGUUCAUGUCCCACAGCGGAGACGCCUCCACGACCCCCCCUACUCGCAGCAGCCCCUCUGGAGGCACCUGGUCGUCUGUGGUCAGUGGAGCACACAGACCCCGGUCUCCCCGGCAAAACGGGCUAGGGAGCACCCCUGGAGGCUCCUCCCCCCAGACUGGAACUGCACCGGUGGACCCCUCGACCACGCCAGUAUCUGCUAUGUCGCCCACCGCUGCCAGCCCAGCCUCAAACAGAGCUGCCACACCCCUGACAGAGGCCAAAGAGUCGCGGGUACAGGAGGCACGAACAGCAUCCCCAGUGGCCAACAAAGAGAACGUCAUGCCAGCAGAGGUGUCCCCCAGCUUGGGCCGGGCCCUCGGCAAAGGCCCCCCAACCAUGGCGUCUGAGCAUAGAAAACAGAUAGAUAACUUAAAAGAAUUUAGUCAAGUUUUUAGAUUACAGUCAAGUUCAACCCCUGACCCCGUCUUCGACCAGAUGAUGAGCAAGCCGCGAGAUCAGGGGGAAAAGCCCAAAGAGCUGCCGCCGGACAGGGGGGCGGAGUCCUGUGGCACGACGGUCCCGGAGGCCUCAGCCAGUGAGGAGAAGGCCUCGGGCCCCACCCCCACAACUGGUGCCACCACUGGCAGCAAGCCCAGCAGCCCUGGUGCGUCCGGACCCUGCAUCACGGCCGAGCAGAAGCGGGGCCCCGACGUCACCUCGCAGGCCGUGCAGACCUCAGGCCCCAGCGGCAAGCUGGAUGGCAAAGAGGUCAAGGAUGACAAGAAGGACCCUGUGCCAGAACAAGUGAGGAAGUCAACACUGAACCCCAAUGCCAAGGAGUUCAACCCCAGGGUGUUCUGCCCCCAGCCUAAGCCGGCCACCACGCCGACUCCGCCCCGCCCCCAGGGCCAGCCGAGCCCCUCUAUCGUGGUGCCGCAGCCCCCGACCGUGUAUAGCCAGACAGUGUGCUUCCCCCAGAUGUACCCGCUGACCCCAGUCAGCCCAGGUGUUCAGAAAAGCAUUAUCUGGAAGCCCCCAGCCAUGUACCACGUACCGGUGCCACACGUGACUGUGAGCCAAACUAAGCCCUAUAGAGCAGGUAAAGUUCCCAGCAUGCCCCAGCAGCGGCCGGACCAGCACCACCCCCAGGGCACGCCCACCAUGAUGCACCCGGCCACAGCCGCGGGGCCGCCCAUUGUGGCCCCCAGCCCCGCCUACUCCGCCCAGUACUUCACCUGCAGCCCGCAGCAGUUCACCAGCCAGCCGCUGGUUCAACAGAUGCCACAUUACCAGUCACAGGCACAACAUGUGUUCAGCCCAGUGAUGCAGGGCAGUGCAAGAAUGAUGGCACCCCCUGCUCACGGUCAGCCCAGCUUGGUCUCCUCGUCUACUACCCAGUAUGGAGAGCAAACACACACCAUGUAUGUGUCGCCAGGCCCCAUGCAGCCGUACAGCCAUCCCGGGGCAGCGCUGCACCCGCAGCCCUCAGCCACUCCCACUGGCCAGCAGCAGCAGCAGGGGCAGCACGCAGGCAGCCACCCGGCCCCCAGUCCCGUCCAGGUGAGUUCCAGGGGCCUCCAUUUCCCCGCGGGAGCCACAUGCCAGCAGGGAACACACACUGACGGUCUUUCUCCAUGUGCACAGCACGCCCAGCACCAGGCGGCGCAGGCUCUACACCUGGGCAACCCCCCUCAGCAGCAGAUGUACUCGGCCCUGGCGCCCACCCCUCCCUCUAUAAACCCCGGGCCAAACCCCCAGUCCCCACAGGCCAGCUUCCCGUCAGCCCAGCAGGCCGUCUACAUCCAUGCACAGCAGGUGCAGCACGGCUACACGCCCUCGCAUAUGGCCCACGUGCAACAGGCUCACAUGCAGUCUGGGAUGGUCCCCUCUCACCACACCACCCCGUCCCACCCGCCCAUGAUGCUGAUGGCCACUCAGCCACCCGGUGGGCCGCAGCCCCCACUGCCGCAGAGCGCUCUGCCCCCCAUCCCUGUGUCUUCCACCGCACACUUCUCCUACAUGGCACAUCCCCAAGUGCAACCCCACCAUCAACAGCAGUUGUAGGGACCACUGAAGACCUGAUGCUCCUCCUCUUCCAGCCUGCUUUGCAGAUCCCUGCAAUGAGAUGGCUAUGUUCUCUCAUAAUGCUACACGUUUGCUUUCAUGUACAAGUAAUUAGGAAUGCUAACAGGCCGACUUGCAGUGGACGGAUAUUUGACUUAGAGAUGUAACACCACAAGGACGCCCUCUAAGCGGAAUGGUGUCAUGCCUGCUGAAGACCCCCAGCCCAACUCAGUUCAGCUGGCUGAUAACUGGAACUUCUCCUCUGCACUUUGUAAGCUAAUAAAAAUCUUCCAACCUAAAGAAAGUAUUAACAUUAAUGUUAAUCGCUGCUGCUACUGCUGCAUUCAACAUGGAUAAAAACUCGUCACCAGACUUGAAACUAAACAAAAUGUCUGUAAAAUUAACCCGUUUGGCGAAAAGUGGAUUAUUUAUGACACGUGAUUGCUGAGGUGACCCUCUGACCAGACAGUUAUGUAACUUUAAGUUAAAUAACUUUUACUUUGUAGAUAAUAUAAAUAAUUUAAAAAAGAAAAAAAAAUUAAAAACAUUAAAAAAAGUUUUAAAAACUGUA